AACAGCGCCCGAGAUCCGCCCACAAAGCUACUUGCGUUUCACGUUUGAUAUAGUCUCACUUUGCCAGACCGUCCAUGGGCUGCGGAGCGGAGAAGGAAACUGGUGUAUCUCCAUAGCGACCUCUACCGGAUACCUCCAUUUUGUGCUUUCCGAUUCACCGGCUGUUCCCGUUCAAGAGCUCGGAAACAGUGUCUGUAAGAAACCGUGCAUUGACACACAAUGCUGGAAAUAUCACAUUUGAAGAUUGAGAGCCCGUCCUGCCUCUGGGGUCGGGUUGUUCGGGGGCCCGGCAGUGAUGCAGAGACCACAGAGCAGUACGACAAACUGCUGACUCGGAUGAACCUCUUCUACCACGACGUCACUCAGGACCUGCGCAAGCUGAAGCCCUCAAUGUUAGAGGAGGGACAGGUGUGUGUGGUGUACUGGUCAGCGAGGAAGUCGUGGUGCCGGGCCGUGGUGGAGUCGAUCUUUAUGGAUUCGUUGUCCUGUCAGGCUCGCUGCCUCCUGGUCGACCACGGAGAGCGAGUCGUCAUCCCCUCGGACCAGAUCCGAAUCGCUAUGGAGCCCUUCCUCCAGCUGCCUUUCUGGGUGAGAAAGUUCCACCUGGCGGGCAUCAAGCCAAAAACCCUGCGAGUGUCCGUCUUUGAGAAGGCGCCAGAGCUCAUUCCGUCCACUCAAUGGGACAGCUCUGCUACACUCUACCUGCACAACCUGCUGCAAGCGUCGACGCAGACAGAGGCCGUGUUGCUUGAAUCCAAGUCGGACUCCACAUCUAUUGAGCUGUACCUGACCGUAAGGAACGUGAAGAUCUGUGUGAAUGACGAUCUGGUGACCAAGAAGUUUGCGUACUAUAGCAGAGAGUCAGCUGACAGCAACGGCCUGGACGAGGUGGACACACAUCCUGUCAUGUUGUCCUACAGCAUCUUAACCCAGACUGUCGGCACAGACGUCAAAGAAAAGAAACCGACAGCCCAAACCCAACUAUCUCCUGUGAUGUCACAAAAUCUGACUGCAGUUGAUUGGCUGACGGCUCCCUCUACACCUCAGAGCCAACAACAUCAGCUGAACGCCUUCGAGGAAGGCAGCAGGUCAACGCUCACAGACGGACAUCUGUCUCCAGGCAGCCAGUCAAAGAACGGCCCAGACACUGCUGCUGUGCGUGAUUCGUCGGAGGAUACAGACUCGUCUUUGGCUGCAGCCCUGACCAAAAAUCUCAGUCUGUUCAGGUUCCUGAAGUUUCUGAAUCCUAACAGCAGCUACCAGCAGGCGGCUCCAAGUGUCAGUCAGCAUGAAGAGCUAAAAGACUGUCGACCUGAAGAAACGACUGCCGCCUCUGCCGCCUGCACACAACAGGAAGUAUUAAUCCCUUCAAACAGUGAGCCUGAAACACAGGACAACCAAGCAUUGCUCAGUAUGAGUGGAGCUGAGAGCAGUCCGGUUAAACAUCUGACCGAUGAAGAAACCAGUAGAUCAGGGCAGUCAGGACCAGCAGAGAAGACGUGGAGAAGUGAAGAGGACUGGGUCUGUUCACGAUUUCUGGAGUGGUUGAACCCGAAGCCUUUGAACCUUGAUCCGGAUGCUGCUGCAGAUGACACAGUUGUUGCCAGUGAUCCCAUGAAGAGUGGGAUUCUGGUGCACUCUGCCCUCCCCGUGGAGCCCUGCAGCAGCCUGGAUGAUGGCCCCAUCACGGACGCUCUCCGCUGGGUGUUGCGGAGGAAGCACUACACCACUCUGUCUCCAGCUGAGCGUUACAGCUGGCCAGCUGUGGCUCGAGGAUGCAACGCUGUCAUCGUUGCGCAAAACGGUGAUCAGCCGCUCUGCUACAUCGCCCCGCUGCUCACCCACAUCCUUCUAAACUCCAUCUUCACCUGCCUCACCUCCAACUCAGGGCCCGUAGCAGUGCUGCUGUGUCCAGGCUGGGAGAAAGCCCAGGCGGUGUAUGACCUGCUGGAGGAGAUUAAGGCCACCAAAGUCCUCCACCCUGCCAUCUUGCUGCUGGGUGUCGGCAAAGACGAGGCCAAGGAUGUCAGGAUCCCCAAAAACUGCCUGCUGUUAGUGACCACUCCGUUCAGUUUUGUUUGUCUGCUGUCCUGCCACUGCUUCCUGUUCCUGCGCCUGUCCCACCUCGUGCUGGAUGAGGCCGACCAGCUGUUUUCACUCGCUCCAGAUCAGAUGGCGACCAUUUUACAACAUUUUCAGAAGGUGAUAACCAGCGAGGAGAAGGUUUCAUGUCCUCAGCAGCUCGUCGCUGUGGCAAAAAAAUGGAGCGGUCACAUGGAGGGUUUGUUGGCCAAUCACAUGCCGUGCCCCAGCAUUGUGAUGACUGUCCCCGAGGAGGCUGCUCUCUAUGGUGACGUUCACCAGAUCAUCCUCAUGACUUUAGAGAGCAGCAAGGUCUCAGUGCUGUUGGGGGCGCUUGAUUUCAACCCCGAUGUCGGCCAGAAGACUCUAAUCAUAGCCAACUCUGCUCAGGAGGUUGAGGACGUGUUCAAGGCCUUGAGCAACAAAUCAGCAUUCUGCCUCAAGACCCACGAGGGUUUAACACACGAGUUUGACAUUGUCAUUCAGCAGUGGAGGAGGGACAUUGGGCCCAGCACUCAUGUUAUUCUGGUGACCAACAACGAGUGUCUGAAGUGUCUGGGAAUCAGAGAUGCGACUUGUGUGGUCCAUUAUGGCUUCCCUACUUCCCCCAAAGUAUUCGGCGAGCGGCUCUUCUGCCUGGCGGAGAACUUCAGAAACCUUUCUGAACAAGGUUCCUCUCAGGAUCAAGCGCGGAGCCCUCGUCCCUCCAGGUCGGUGCUGCUGAUCUCUGAGAGGAACGCCAGUCAUGUAGUCGGGAUUCUGCGUUACCUGGGGCGAACCAACGCCCCGUUGCCCCCUGAGCUGCUGUCCUUCGCACAGGGUGUCCAUGCGGCCAGGGAGAACCAGAAGACCAACAAGCCUUUCUGCAGCUACCUCAAGAGCUUUGGAGUCUGCAGAGACAGCAGUGUGUGCCCCGACCGUCACAUAUACAUUUCCCAACUGGAUCAGUCUGAGCUUCCUGCUUCAGGAGUCAUAGAAGUUGUGCCGAUUUACAUCAAGACGGCAUCAGUGUUCUACGGUCGUAUUGUCCAGAAGGAGGACGGAGGUUUCCAGAGCAUGGCGUCUGAGAUGACUUCUUACUAUGCUGACAAGAAACCUGGAGCCCACGAGGUGCUGGAGGGAGGCUUAUAUGCUGUGCAGGAGGACGAGAUUUUCCACAGGGUGAAGAUCCUGUCCGUCCCAGAGAGAGGUGGCCGGCUGUUUUUCAGCGUCUUUGCUCGAUUUAUUGAUGUGGGAAAGGAGGAGGAGGUCAAAUCCCAUCAGAUCUUCCAGCUCCCAGAGCAGUUCCACUCUCUGCCCGGCCAGUCCGUGGAGAUCAUCGUCUGCCGGGUCAAACCAGUUGACGCCGAGACAGACUGGCACCCCAAGGUUACCAGGGCGCUCAGCCAGAAGAUCCGAGGCCUGCAGCACCGAGCCAGAGCAGUCUUCAGCCUGGGAAACACUGUUUUUGUUGAUCCCAUGGUCCGUGUGACCAAGGUGCCGGGUAUGAAAACUGUGAUCAAUGAAUACAACGUGCAGUCGGAGAUCCUGAACACAGGGAUGGGAGUCAGCAACCCGGAGCAUGUGGACCUGCUGAAGGCUCUCUGCCAGGAGAGCAAAGAGGCGGGUCACGUUAAUGGGUUGGGGAAUGGUCCGGCGUCUCUGGAAGUCAGGAUCAAAGCUGAGGAGGAAGUUCUGGCUGAAGCCUUCAGAGCCGCGGAGGCCAAUCGGCUCGCCCAACUUCCUCACCUCGCUGACAUUCCUCACCUCGAACCACUCAUUCCAGUAUCUCCAACGACCCGGUCCCUGGUCCCAGAACCACCAGUACCAAGAGCACCUAAACUCCACCUGGCUCCAGUGUGGGUUCAGAAGACCCUGUCGGCUGACCAGGCAGCUAUCGGACAGAGAAACGCCCACACUGCUGAUCUGAAGUCAGCUGAGCAGAUCAUGAGGGUUGGAGAUGGAGCAGAACUUUGCCCCGCGACCAGCCAGGGUGCUUGUCUCAAACCCAAGGAAAACGGUGUUAACGGAGGUGAUGAUGAAAGCAACAUUCAGCAGGUCAUCGGCACUAAAGAGAGAGACUGUGAUGACUCCACAAAAAGUUUCCACCCUCAGGCCCGUUGGUACCAGACGUCCGACUCUGUGAUUGUGACGGUGAAGCUGAUGAACCCCGAGAGCCAGCGCUGUGAUUUCUACCCCGACAGAGUCGUUUACAGUGGCAGAGCGAACGGUCGGACAUACAGAGCUGACCUGCAGCUUCACGGCAACAUCGCUGCAGACCGCUGCAGCUGGGAAAUGAAGUCCAAUGAGCCCGUUCUCAAACUGGUUAAACAACAGCCGGGAAACUGGGAAAGACUCCUCAGGAGCAAGAAUAUUUUUGUAAGUUACGACAUGGAUCACUUUGUAGAGGAUGAAGACAAAAUCCCAAAUGGUCUGUGUUUUGUAGAGAACACGGGAAAGGACAACUGGUAUGUGAACUCUGAGACAGACAGUGACAGCGACUGAAACUCAAGAAACAAAAAACGCAAUCUUUCCCUCGUGCCAUCUAAUAUUACUGAGGGUCACAUAAAUAUUAUCUUCUGUUGUUUUGGUGCUAUGAACUUUGACCUCCUUAACGUUUAAAGGGAUCAUGGGAUAGAAACUUCUGCAGUGAAUUUAAAAAGAAACAUUCAGGACCAUGAGAUUUAAUCUUUUGAUUUUUGUAUUGAUCCUUUUAGUACAAAAAAGUAUUUCCCAAUUUUGGUUUGAAAUGAAUAUUCUCAGGGGCCUCAUAGAUGGACCCCACCCACCUGAUAAGAUUUAAAGGUCCCAUGACAUGGUGCUCUUUGGAUGCUUUUAUAUAGGCCUUAGUGGUCCCCUAAUA